AUGACGGUGACAGAGUAUGCCACCAAAUUUGAUCAGUUGGCAAAGUUUGCCUUUGAUGAAGUUGCCAUUGAGGCUACUAGAAAGGCUAAGUUCAUUCCGGGGUUGGAAGAGCUUAUUGGUCAAGAUGUAAUUGUAGUUGCUAAGCAACCAGGGUGUUUUGUGGAAUCUUUGCAUUGGUUUGGGAUUAUGGUUUAUUUUGACAUUGAAAAGUUUCAGAGUCAAAGUGAGUCCCAAAGUGCCUUUGAUUGGGAACACAACCAAGUUUCAAAUGUUAUCCAAGAUGUCCCUGAUUUGGCCCACAAUGAAGCUGCAAAUGAGGUCCAAGCAGAGGCUGAUUCGGGGCAAAGUGAGGCCCAACAAGAUGAUGAAUUGGGCCACAUUGUCCUUGUUGAGGAGGUUGAAUUUCUUGAAGAUGAGUAUAUCCUAGAUGAAGAUGAUGAAAUAGAACUUGAAGUAAACACAAGUGAACCUAGUAAAUGGUGGGCAUCUGUUGAUGACUUUUGCAAUCAAGGUGAUUUAGAGAACUCAGAUAGUGGAUAUGAGAAUGAUGAUGAUUUGCAGAGCUUAGAUAGUGAAGAUGAAUAUGGUGAAACCAAAGUUAAGAGAAGUAGAAAGCAAUUUAUACCAACAAAUGAAUGGUCAAAUUUUGAAUUUAGUCUUGGAUUGGAGUUUGCUAGUGUGGCUCAACUAAGAGAAGCUAUAAAGGAGUAUUUUAUAGCCACAGAUAAAGAAUUUAUCUACAUCUUCAAUCACCCUACAAAGGUUCAAGUAGUUUGUAAGGCUAAAGGAUGUGGUUGGUCCUUAUAUGCUAGGGUACAAAAAAGGGACCACUUAACUUUUAGCGUUAACUCACUUAAUAAUGUUCAUGAUUGUGGAAUUGUAUUUGAUAAUAAGCAUGUGGAUGCAACUUGGCUAGCUAAGCAUUUCGAAAAUGAGUUUAGAAUGAAUCCCAACAUGCACUAUACUCAAUUCAUGGAGCUGACCGCCAACAGUAAGUUCUCUAACACAAAAAGGCAUGUGUUUUACAAUGCAAAAAAGAAGGCAAGGCACACACUUGAGGGCUCGGUGGCACAACAGUAUAUUGUCCUUGAUGAUUAUUGCAAACAACUAGUGGAAUUGAAUCCUGGGAGCACAGCGAUAAUUAAAAGCAAGAUGGUUGAUCAUAAAAGGUUGUUUGAGAGAGUCUACAUAUGCAUUAAAGCUUGCAAGGAUGGAUUCAAAGCAUGCAGACCAUUAAUCGGUUUAGAUGGUUGUUUCUUAAAAGGGUAUUGCAAAGGUAUGUUGUUGGCUGCUAUUGGUAUUGAUGCUGAUAACUCUAUAUUUCCUAUUGCAUAUGCUGUAUGUGAAAAAGAGAAUAUAGAUACUUGGACUUGGUUUCUUAAUUUGUUGAAAGAGGAUUUGGAACCAAUUGACGUUUCAAAAAUCACUAUGAUGAGUGAUAGACAAAAAGGUUUAGAGAAGGCUCAAGCUUCUACAUUUGAGGGUGCGGAGGUUAGAUUUUGUGUUCGACAUUUAUAUUCUAAUUUCAAGAAAGAGUUCCCUGGCCUUUUGCUAAAACAAAAGUUGUGGGCACGUGCACGAGCCACAACACCAGAGGACUUCACCAAAAAAAUGGCUGAACUGGAGGAGGUUAAUGAGAAAGCAUAUGAGUGGUUGAUAAAAAAAAAACCAAGUGAAUGGAGUAAGAGUCAUUUUAGAUUCUUUGUUAAGUGUGACAUGUUGCUGAACAACUUAUGUGAAAGUUUCAACUCUGCAAUAUUGGAUGCAAGAGAAAAGCCUAUUGUCACUUUGUUAGAGAAGCUUCGUUUUUGGUUAAUGAGCAGGAGAUGUGUUAAACGAGAAAGUGUUUCGAAAUGGGUGAAUCCAGUUGGAAAGAGGGUGACGAAAAUCAUCGAGAAGAACAAGCAAGUGGCCAGGUGUUGUUCUUGUACUCGAGCAGAUUCACACACAUUUGAAGUAAGUCGGGGUGGCAUAGAAAAGUUCUCAGUGGAUUUGGUUGCUAAGAAGUGUACUUGUAGAGGUUACCAACUCACUGGAAUACUUUGUGGGCAUGCCUUAUCUGCUAUUUGUAGCUUUGGAUUGAAUGAGUAUGAUUUUGUGGAUGAUGUUUACAAAAAAGAAGCUUAUAUAGCUCAAUACGUCGGAGUAAUUUACCCAAUGCCAUCACCUGAUAAAUGGCCUAACCCAGGACAAAAUCCAAUAUACCCUCCUACUAAUUCUGUCUUACCUGGUAGACCAAAAAAGGCACGAAAUAGAGAUGUCGAUGAACCUCCUGCCCCAAAUGCAACUAAGAUGAGAAGAUUUGGACAGGUAAACACUUGCGGUAACUGUGGAAAACAAGGUCAUUCACGCCGUACUUGUAAAAUUUCAAUAAUAGUACAGCCUACUACUCAAAAGAAUAAAGGAGGAAGACCACUUAAGAAAAGUCCAACAGAAGAAACAGUGAAAAGAAAAAAGCGGAGAGCAAAGCAAAAGGCAAGAGAGGCAUUACAAGCUUCCACAUCUCAGGGACAACCACCAUCUCAGCAACAAAAUUAG